CUGUAAUUUUGGCGGUAACGUGUAGCUUCCAGAAUGAGGGCCAUUUUCGUCGGCAACUUUGAGAACGAUACUCGGCAAUCGGAUUUGGAGCGGCUGUUCUCCAAGUUCGGGAAGGUUGAUCGAGUGGACAUGAAAACUGGAACUUGUUUACUAAGGGAAAAUGAACUGAGCUUCUAUCUGGGCUCGCCAACAUCACUGCCAAAAUUUUAAUUUGGAAAGGAAACCUUCCUGGUUGCCUGGUUCUGUACCACUACAUUCUCAGAUAGCAUCAAUCAGAUAGCAACAUUCUGCAUUUUGUUCACUCGCCCAUCCGUCACUCACCCACUCCAUCAUCGCUUAAAGUUGCCAUUUGACAAGAAUGGUCAUAGUUGGAUCAAUCAGAUAGCAACAUCCUGCAUUUUCUUCACUCGCUCAUCCGUCACUCACCCACUCCUUCAUCGCUUAAAGUUGCCAUUUGACAAGAAUGGUCAUAGUUGGAUCAAUCAGAUAGCAACAUCCCGCAUUUCUUCACUCGCUCAUCCGUCACUCACACACUCCAUCAAUGCUUAAAGUUGCCAUUUGACAAGAAUGGUCAUAGUUGGAUCAGUCAUUUGUCAUGCCAUGCUUUUCACCAGUUCACCACUGUUCUAGGAGAUUAUUGAACAUGCCUUCAAUCACUGAUAAUAGGGGGAACUUUGCUUUCUGUCAUGCCUUGUCUUCCAUUAUUGAAACCGUGCUCUCUGAAUGGCGAAGCAUGCUUAGCAAUGACUUCUCAGACUUGAACCUUUGGAUUUAAACCUUUAUUAUGCAACCAUCAUCAUUUAGUUCAUCAUGCAAUGCCUCUACAGUCUUAUGUGCAUCAGCCCCUCACUAUCAGGUUUUGCUUUUGUGUAUCUUGAUAAUGAUCGGGAUGCUGAAGAUGCUAUCCAUCACCUUGAUGACAGGCCAUUUGGUUAUGACAGGCGCAGAUUAUCUGUGGAAUGGGCUAGGGGUGAACGCGGUCGUGAACGUGGUCAUCAUCUUGAUGGGUCUAAAUCUGUGGCAAACCAGAGGCCCACAAAAACCUUGUUUGUCAUCAACUUUGAUCCCCUUCGCACCCGGGUUUCGGAUAUUGAAAGACACUUUGACCCCUAUGGGAAGGUUCUUAAUGUCAGAAUUCGGCGGAACUUUGCAUUUGUGCAGUUUGACACUCAGGAAGAAGCUACCAAAGCCCUUGCGGCUACGCACUUGAGCAAGAUACUAGACCGAGUGGUUUCCGUUGAGUAUGCUCUGAGAGAUGAUGAUGAGAGAGGUGAGCGACGUUAUGAUAGUCCUAGAAGAGGUGGUUAUGGAAGGCAUGUGGAUAGUCCUUAUAGGAGGUCACCAAGUCCUGUGUAUCGCAGGCGUCCAAGUCCUGAUUAUGGUCGUGCCCGCAGCCCAGCUUAUGGUAGGUACAAUGGUCCAGUGUAUGACAGGCGCAGGAGUCCUGAUUAUGGAAGAAAUGCGAGUCCGGAAUAUGGCAGAUACCGCAGUCGCUCCCCUAUUCGAAGAUCAAGAACAUGAAGUCGGACUGAUUCAGUUGCAGUAGUGGGCUCAAGAUGUUACUCUGGUGGUUUUAGUAAUAGCUAUAGGUAGAAAGAGAAUGUUAUGAUAGUACUCGAGGUUCUUCUCGAUGUAUGUUAAUUAUAUGCCUAAUGGAUUCCUUUGAUUUCUAAGUUUGCCGGUAUUAUCACAUUAGUACCUCUGCUCUACUGUUUAAAUAAAUAUAUAUAAUGGUUUGGCUAGUAUUUUCCUUUAAU